CGCUUCUGGGGCAUUCAAGACAACACUUGAGAACCUCCAUGUACUCGUUCGCAUGCACCUUGUCGAAUUCCUGUUCGUAAACUCAGUACUUCAGACCACUCUAUGGAUGUGACACCUCAGGGCAUGUUUCAACGGACCGUUCUUCUUGGAAGAGGGUCAUAUUGCUUCGGGUUCAACAACCCUCAGAGAAACAUCGUCUAGUUCGGGCAGCAUAUCCUUCCUCGAGCAAUGUACCAGUGCAGAUUCUGCAAUACUAUGGCAUCUUCGACCGAGUCAUUAUGGAAGACCUUAUAUGCGUUCUCAAAAAGCAAGUCUUUCCCAGAGGAUUUCAUGAGGGCGUCAGUCUAUAUUUCACAGAUACCGAGCGAUAGCAUUUUCUGGAAGAAUCUCAUGUGCGUCAAGUAUUUUAUCAUUGAUGGAGAAGAGCAGAGGCGAUUAGAACUGGAUCCAAGCACAAAGGACGUACAUCUCGGAAAAUAUAUCCUCUUUGGCACCGAGAUUAGAGGAUGCUAAGGGACUAUUUUGAAUUUGACAUCGAUGUCAAGGACGCGCAUAACAUCAUUGGACGCGAUGCUGAAUGUCUGCCUACAGCUGGAUAUCAUGAGCCACGUUGAUAUCUUUGCAGGUAGGGCCCGUGACGCUGGCGUUCAACGAGCAAUUGACUGAAUGUUAACCCAGCC